AUGAGUGAUCGUGCGGAAGAAAACGCCAAGAAAAGCAAUUCUGCCCAGGAAACAUCUGCAGAAGGAAAUGUCUCUCCCGCUAAGGACUGCUCAAUAACACAAAAACAAUUGCAACAACUUGAGAAACAAUUAAAAUGCUUAGCCUUUCAAAAUCCAGGACCUCAGGUAGCUGACUUCAAUCCUGAAACUAGAGAGCAGAAAAAGAGAGCGUGCAUGUCACAGAUGAAACAAGAUUUUUUUUAUAAGCCCAAAAUUAAAAAGAAGUAUGACAAAUAUGGCAGGCUGCUUUGUAAUAACAUCGAUUUGUGUGAUUGCCUGGAAAAGAACUGCCUGGGUUGCUUCUAUCCUUGCCCCAAAUGCAAUUCAAACAAAUGUGGACCAGAAUGUCGCUGCAAUAGGAAAUGGGUUUAUGAUACAAUUGAGACUGAAGCUGGGAAUGUGAUCAGCGUGUUGCCAUUUUUUGUCCCUGACUGA